CCGGCGGCGGCCUGCGAGGGAAGUUUCCUACCGGCCUGGGUGAGCGGUGUGCCCCGCGAGCGGCUCCGCGACUUCCAGCAUCACAAACGCGUGGGCAACUACCUCAUCGGCAGCAGGAAGCUGGGCGAGGGCUCCUUCGCCAAGGUGCGCGAGGGGCUGCACGUGUUGACCGGAGAGAAGGUGGCCAUAAAAGUCAUUGAUAAGAAGAGAGCCAAAAAGGACACCUAUGUCACCAAAAACCUGCGGCGCGAGGGGCAGAUCCAGCAGAUGAUCCGUCACCCCAACAUCACCCAGCUCCUUGAUAUCUUAGAGACCGAAAACAGCUACUACCUGGUCAUGGAGCUGUGUCCGGGUGGCAACCUGAUGCACAAAAUCUAUGAGAAGAAGCGGCUGGAGGAAUCUGAAGCCCGCAGAUACAUCCGACAGCUCAUCUCUGCAGUUGAACAUCUGCAUCGGGCUGGAGUGGUCCACAGAGACUUGAAGAUAGAAAAUUUGCUACUAGAUGAAGACAAUAAUAUCAAGCUGAUUGACUUUGGUUUGAGCAACUGUGCGGGGAUCCUGGGUUACUCGGACCCUUUCAGCACACAGUGUGGCAGCCCUGCCUACGCCGCGCCUGAACUGCUUGCCAGGAAGAAAUAUGGCCCCAAAAUCGAUGUCUGGUCCAUAGGUGUGAACAUGUAUGCCAUGCUGACUGGGACCCUGCCUUUCACAGUGGAGCCUUUUAGCCUGAGAGCUUUGUACCAGAAGAUGGUGGACAAAGAAAUGAACCCCCUACCCACCCAGCUUUCAACAGGAGCCAUCACCUUCCUGCGUUCUCUCCUAGAACCAGAUCCUGUAAAGAGGCCAAAUAUUCAGCAAGCACUGGCGAAUCGCUGGCUUAAUGAGAAUUACACAGGCAAAGUGCCGUGUAAUGUCACCUACCCCAACAGGAUCCACCUGGAGGACCUGAGUCCGAGUGUGGUGCUGCACAUGACGGAGAAGCUGGGCUUCAAGAACAGUGACGUGAUCAACACCGUGCUCUCCAACCGCGCCUGCCACAUCCUUGCCAUCUACUUCCUCUUAAACAAGAAACUGGAGCGCUACCUGUCUGGGAAAUCUGACAUCCAGGACAGUGUCUGCUACAAGACCCAACUCUACCAGAUAGAAAAGUGCAGGGCUACCAAGGAGCCCUAUGAGGCCUCCCUGGACACCUGGACAAGAGACCUCGAAUUCCAUGCUGUGCAGGACAAAAAGUCCAAAGAACAGGAAAAAAGAGGAGAUUUUCUUCAUUGGCCUUUUUCCAAGAAAUUAGACAAGAACCUGCCCUCACACAAACAGGCCAAUGGCUCGCUCAUCACACAGAUCCAGGGCACCAAAGCACUACUGAGGGACCGGAAGGCCUCCAAGCCCAGUUUCCCGGACAAAGAUUCCUUUGGCUGCCGCAGUAUUUUCCGCAAAGCCUCUGAUUCCAAUUGCGUGGCUUCUUCUUCCAUGGAGUUCAUUCCCGUCCCGCCUCCCAGGACCCCCAGAAUUAUAAAGAAACUGGAGCCCCAUCAGCAAGGGCCUGGAAGCACUGGUGUCACUCCCAAAGAGGACCCCCUGAUGCUGGAUAUGGUCCGCUCCUUUGAGUCUGUUGACCGCGAUGACCCCACAGAACUGCUUUCCCCAUCUCAUCACUAUAGGAUCCUAAACUCACCCGUGAACUUUGCUCGCAGAAAUUCCAGUGAGAGAACACUCUCCCUGGUCCUGCCACCUGGAAGCACAUCACCUGUCCACACUCCUUUGCACCCCACUCUGGUCUCUUUUGCUCAUGAAGACAAAAACAGCCCUCCCAAAGAGGAGAGUGUGUGCUCCCCACCCCCAGUUCCCAGUAGCACCACCACACAGCCUUUGGGGAGCCCAAAUUGUAUGAAAAGCCGUGGCAGGUUCCCCAUGAUGGGCAUUGGGCAGAUGUUGAGGAAGCGGCAUCAGAGCCUGCAGCCUUCAGUGGACAGACUCCUGGAGGCCAGCUUGCCCCCACUGCAGCCCCUGGCCCCUGUGAGCCUCUCCUUUGACAUGGCUGAUGGUGUCAAAGGCCAGUGUUAA